UGGCCUUCCUAUUGUUCCAUCCCUUGUGUUAACCACCACGUGAUUCUUGGGACCAUGCCACCCAACCCCAUUACAGUAUCUACCGGUAUUGUACGCAGCCAGCAGCCCAACGGUAACGAUGGUGGGGUGGCCUUGUUAUCUCUUCUUGUUUUACUGUUCCGCAAUGUGCAAAACCCCAGGGUGAGACCGUGUCCGCUUAUCAUGGGAGGAUGCCUGAAUGCCAUGUCUUUUUGUUUUCAAUUUUUCGAGAAAAAACGCUUAUUGUGGACAUUGCCCCUCGAAUUCCCUUCUCGCGUCUGCAGAGCCGAAUCGCGAUCGCGGAACACACACACAAAUGGAUGAUGGAUGCACACCACAGCGACAGCGCAGCGGUGUCACCCGCCAUCGCAUCUUGAGCUUAUGCCAGUUAUUCUCCGACCGCUUGGACGACAAAUAUGUUGGGGGGUUUCUCGGUUGGGCUUUUCCUUUUCACUUUGUCCUUUUUGGGGGGAGAACAACCAAUGUUGGGAUCUCGACAUUUUGGAUGAAUCGUAUCAUUUUUCAGUUGGAUAAUCUUCAUCAACGCGAUCAGGAGGUAGCUCCUGACAGCCUGUCGUCUUGGACCCCUGAUGGUGUGAAGCUCGUGCGAUUGAUGGAGCAACGCGAAAGGAGGCUCAUCUUGCCGAACCGGGAUGCUCACUGUAUGUACAAUGGGCCUCGGCUGAGUCUCCGACCUUCGUUACAAGGUUUGAGGCGCAAUCCAAAUAGGUAGACCGGUGCCGUCAAGAGACGGCCUGUGUCAGUCACUGUCAGUCAACUUUUUGAUUUCUCCCCGCCCGCCUUCACCGACGACCGACAGGUGCGGAUGCCUGUGCACGCAAUCCGCUUUGAAUUGGAACCCCUUCCACUAGCAACUAUGGUCUAGACGCCGGUCGUUCGUGGGCCAAUGACAGCUGGCGGCUAGCGGCGAGGUGAUGAGACAGGGUCGGCCGUCGAUAUCAACAGGGUUGACGAUAGCAUCAGCCCUUUCGCCGAGUCGAGAAUUAUAAAUCAUUCGAGGGCCAUUACAUCACGC